CGGGUCGAGCCGGGCCGGGAAGUUUCUGCUGCCGAUGUUGCGCCGGAGCAACUUUCGCGCAUGGUGCCUGGGCAGCCAAAGCCGCUUCAGCUGUUCGGGGGCCGUACGGGAGAAACGCGAGGAGGAGCUCGAUUCGGGGGAGGGGGAGAUGAAGCUAGGGCGUGGGGAAGCCGCUCCCUUCUUCUUCCUCCUCCUCCUUCCCCCACCCCGGCUGCUCCAGUCUGGCAGCAGGCGGCCGCUGCCUUUGGCCGGAGCUGCUGCAGUUGGGAAGCGCCCCUCGGCCCCUGCGCUGCUGCUGGGAUGGGGACGCCGCUGGCGGCUCCCGGUCUCCUACUCCUCCUGGUCGGCAGUGCGGGCUUCUGCCGGGCUUUCUUCUCCCUCCCGCUCCGUGUGUCGCACCCGUCCGUCCCCAGCGGGUCGCCGCCUGCCCCGGUGGUGUUACGGCAGGGGAGCGACAGCCGACAGCAUGAUCCCCUCGGUGGCGCGGACGGCUUGGCCUUGGCAUCGGAUCCCGGAGGCACCCUCAACUUUUUGGCCAUGGUGGAGAAUCUGCAGGGGGACUCCGGCCGUGGCUACUACCUGGAGAUGCUGAUUGGGACCCCACCGCAGGCGUUAAACAUUCUGGUUGACACUGGGAGCAGUAAUUUCGCGGUAGCGGGUGUGCCUGAUCCUGAUGUCACCUCCUACUUCAAUGCUGAGCUGUCAAGUACAUACAAAUCUCAAGGGAUUGAUGUCACAGUUAAGUACAGUCAAGGAAGCUGGACUGGAGUGCUGGGUACAGAUGUCAUUACUAUCCCAAAAGGAAUCUAUGGCAGCUACACCAUCAACAUUGCUACCAUUCUUGAAUCAGAGAAUUUCUUCUUACCAGGGGUUAAAUGGCACGGGAUUCUUGGUCUUGCCUAUGAUGCCUUAGCAAAGCCUUCAAGUUCUGUGGAGACAUUCUUCGAUUCUCUUGUGAGGCAGGCAAAGAUCCCCAAUAUUUUCUCCUUGCAGAUGUGUGGUGCUGGACUGCCUGUUUCUGGAAGUGGUACCAACGGAGGUAGUCUUGUUCUGGGUGGAAUUGAACCAAGUCUAUACACAGGUGAUAUUUGGUACACACCAAUCAAAGAGGAGUGGUAUUACCAGGUUGAAAUUCUCAAACUGGAGGUCGGAGGACAGAACCUCGAAUUGGACUGUAGAGAGUACAAUGCUGAUAAAGCGAUAGUAGACAGCGGGACCACGCUCCUCCGUCUGCCCCAGAAAGUCUUCAGUGCUGUCGUGCAAGCAAUAGCUCGCACGUCCCUGAUACAAGAAUUCUCUUCUGGUUUCUGGACUGGUUCACAGCUUGCAUGCUGGGAUAACAGUGAAAGACCCUGGUCCCUAUUUCCCAAACUCUCCAUCUACUUGAGGGACGAAAACUCCAGUAGAUCGUUUCGGAUCUCCAUCCUACCACAGCUUUAUAUUCAACCCAUCCUUGGAAUAGGAGAGAACUUACAGUGCUACCGAUUCGGCAUCUCUUCCUCCACAAACGCUCUAGUUAUUGGUGCUACAGUCAUGGAAGGUUUCUAUGUAAUAUUUGACAGAGCUCAGAAGAGAGUGGGCUUUGCAGUAAGUCCAUGUGCAGAAGUUGAUGGCUCUCCAGUAUCUGAGAUUGAAGGCCCUUUCACAACAGCAGAUGUUGCAAGCAACUGUGUUUCUAGCAUUUCUUUCCAUGAACCAGUGUUGUGGAUUGCUUCUUAUGCUCUCAUGAGCCUGUGUGGAAUUAUCCUCCUUGUACUGAUCAUCCUGCUCCUUAUUCCACCACGGUGUCAGCAUCGCUACACUGACAACGACGUGGUCAAUGAUGAAUCCUCCUUAGUGCGUCAUCGAUGGAAAUGAGAAACUUGAUCAUGAAACCUGGGACUUAGAAUGAAGAACAACAUCUUUUGCCAAGGGGAAGAAGCCAAUGCCUCAGUCCUUUCCAUGUUCAUUGCAAAUUGCUGUUAAAAUCCCACCGAAUAUCCUGCGUCAUAACUUUUUCAAGCUUUAUUUUCUAACACUGAUUCCGAACCAAAGCGCUGUUAACCACCUCUGAAGUGCUACGGUACUGGAUUUGCUACUGCAAUACAAUUGAGCCUUUAUGCUCUUAAUAAUACCUUCAUAAAAAAAAAAUAAACAAAACCCAGCACCAGAAAAAAAAAAAGAAAAACCCCACACCAUUAUGUUCUUCCACUGUCUGAGCAAAGGUGUUCAUUCUCCUUUCAACAAAAAAAAAACCAAGGAGCUGUCAGUAUUUUCUAAUUAAUUAAGCCCUAACUGUAGAAAAGGACAAAAAAAGAAAAAGAAAAACAACUUAAUAACCUUUCUAAUUAAUUGCAUUAAAUGGAUACUGCUUUCUGUUUACAUCAGUUCAUUCUGAAACUACUUAUGGUGCAGGGGAGGGAGAAAUAUCAGAGUUAAGCAGCAGAGAAAACAAUUCAGGUCAAAAAGAAGUGUUGGUUUGUGGUAUUUUUUUUUUUCCCCUCAAGAUAUCACUGCUGCCACUUGAGAGGGUUACCUUUCCUGAAUGUUGUUACAAAGCAGUUUGAGGUGGUGAAACCUGGGAAAUUAACUUGCUCAGCCUUAGUGUAAAACAAGACUACCUCUCUUAAUUGAUGGGGGUGCUACCACUGGUAAGCAUGUGGCUUAGAACUGGUCUUGAAGCACAAGACACUCCAUGUGACCAAAUGGAACUCCUUGCUUCAAUACGGUGGAUUUUAUAAAGACUAAUAGGUCACAACUUUCCAAUUGGGUACAAAAAAAAAGAGCUUUUCAGUUUUCUCCCUAAUGUGGAGGUUUGUGAGGUUUGUUGGGGUUUUUGAGGAUGGCUGAUAGUUAGAACAGCAGGUCUUGCAUAUAUAUGUACAGAUGAUAGAGCUAAGGUCCAUGUUCUGCUGUGCCAUUUGGUACUUCUAGUGAGCAUGUAACAAAAUGUAAGCAACAAAACAGACUGUUUUGUUUUUUUCCCUGAGCUCAGCAACCCUAGAAGUUCAAGGGAAAAGUAUCUGUCUUGAUGGAUAGACUGUGAAGUGAAAACCUUAAUGCUGAUUUGUUGUCCAACUUGAACAGCAGUUGGAGGUGUUUUGUUUGGCUUCACUGGUGCGUCAGUCAAACGAAAGGUGUGUGUACUUGCCAGUGGAAAAUAAACGUGGAACGACUGAAAACAAUAGUGGGAGAGAACAGGGAAGAACAUAUUUAACCAGACCUCCAUUGCACAAACAGAGAUCUUAAUGCUGAGGUCAGAACGUGAUAUUUUCUUUGCACACAGUACAGGUUCUCAGUGAGCACUGCAGGACAUCCAUCACUUUUCAAUACCACUGGCAUAGCAGGUUUGAGAGAUAAACAAUACAAGGUUGAUGGGUUCAGUGAUACCUAUCAGUUAUUUGUUUUUCUUUAAAAAGGAAAAAGAAAUCCUUUACAUUUCUAUAGUAAAGCAGUCUGCAGUUUGCAUAUCUGUAUGCCAAACAAGGAGAUGAAAAAAAAGAAGGAAGCUUAGUGCUGAAACUCCCAGUACCUUGUCUAGAAAAUGUUCUGCUUAUUAUCCUUUCACAUAGCUUUCUGAUUCACUCUGCCUCUGCAUCUAACUCCGCAUGGAAUAAGCAAUGAUUUUUUCCCCCCCUUUUUUUUUUCCCCAGGAAUGGUGCUUUUACAGAGGUGCACCUGAUGUGUGUGAAAAUAAAGCAUUGUUGGGUCUUUUUUAAACUAACUUGUGUAUUUCACUUUGUAACUGGAAGUGCCUACGGUUUCCUUUUGCUUUUUAAUUCUUGCACUUUCCAAUUUCUUGGCUGAAUAAAUAAUUGGUGUUGUGAUCCAA